UAUGCCAUGUCUCUUUAACAUACUCUAACCCUAAGGGUGGUGCUCAUGUCACUCAAGACUCAAUAGCCAAUCAGAACCUCCACAUGGACCUGCCAGUCAGAAGAGGAGGCGGCUCUUCCAGGUCAAGCUUGCAAGCUCCUUUUGUAACUCAGCAGUCACGGGAGUUUCUGUGUGAUGUGUUCUGCAUGACUCUACUGGGAGUUGUGAGAGGAGGUUAGUCAAGCUCAGAACUCCAAACAUGUGUCUUCGCUGGAUACUGUGAAUUUAGCUCAAGCAAGCUCAGAACUUCACACAUGUUGCUAAUAUUCUGGCACUGACCACCUGUGGACAGUUUGGUAACUCCAGUGUCAGCUGAUUGAUGAAGUAUGCAAGCUAUCCAGCUUGAUUCCAGGAGGAAGAAGGGGAAAUGCCUCCUGAGUGCUGGAUUUGGGGCUCAGGUGACAUGGAUAGGUGAGAGGAAACUGCAGUUUGAAGGAUUUAGUCACCUAUGAUGACGUGCAUGUGAACUUCACUCAGGAAGAGUGGGCUUUGCUGCAUCCUUCUCAGAAGAGUCUCUACAAAGGUGUGAUGCUAGAGACCUAUAGGAAUCUCACAGCUAUAGGUUACAUUUGGGAAGAACAUACAAUUGAAGACCAUUUCCAAACUUCUAGAAGUCAUGGAAGGCAUGAAAGAAGUUGUUCUGCAGAGCAACCCCCUGAGUUUAUUCAAUGUGGUAAAGCCUUUGCAUAUGAGAGUGGUAGACAAAGGCAUCAAAUAAAACAUACUGGAGGGAAACACCAUGACUGUAACCAAUGUGGUAAGGACUUUAGAACAAGGAAUGUCCCCCAAAUACAUAAGCGAACACAUACAGGAGAGAAACCCUAUGACUGUAACCAAUAUGGUAAAGCCUUUGCAAGAAUCAGUCAUCUUCGAGUACAUAAGCGAACACAUACAGGAGAGAAACCCUAUGAAUGUAACCAAUGUGGUAAAGCCUUUGCAAGCAGUAGUGACCUCCAAAAACAUAAACGAACACAUACAGGAGAGAAACCCUAUGAAUGUAACCAAUGUGGUAAAGCCUUUGCACAAAGCAGUCAUCUCCGAAUACAUAAGCGAACACAUGCAGGAGAUAAACGGUAUGAAUGUAACCAAUGUGGUAAAGCCUUUACACAGAGCAAUAAUCUCCAAAUACAUAAGGGAACACAUGCAGGAGAAAAACGGUAUGAAUGUAACCAAUGUGGUAAAGCCUUUGCAAGCAGUAGUGACCUCCAAAAACAUAAACGAACACAUACAGGAGAGAAACCCUAUGAAUGUAACCAAUGUGGAAAAGCCUUUGCAAAAAGUUGUGACCUCCAAAAACAUAAGCGAACACAUACAGGAGAGAAACCCUAUGAAUGUAAACAAUGUGGUAAAGCCUUUGCAGUAAGCUAUACUCUCCAAAUCCAUAAUCGAACACAUACAGGAGAGAAACCAUAUGAAUGUAAACAAUGUGGUAAAGCCUUUGCACAAAGCAGUAAUCUCCGAAUACAUAAGCAAACACAUACAGGAGAGAGACUCUAUGAAUGUAACUAGCUUUGCAGGAAGCAGGGGUCUCCAAUGCCAUAAAAGAUCACAUACAGGAGAGACACCAUAUGAAUGUAACCAAGGUGGUAAACCCUUUGAAGGAAGCAGUGGUCUUGAAUAUCAUAAUCGAAAACACACACAGCUGAAAAACCCUAUGAAUGUAACCAACGUGAUAAAGCGUUUGCAGGAAGGAGUGACAUUUAAAGAGAAAAGACCAUACAGGAGAGAAACUCUAUCAAGGUAUCUGAUGUUAUAAAGCCUUUGCAGCAAGGAUUGAUCUCCAAGUACAUAAAUGAACACAUACCAGAGAGGAACCUUUUAAAUGUAACCAAUGUGGUAAAGCUUUUUCGAAAAACAAUAGACUUUACAAACAUAAAAGCACAUAUAGUUGAGAGAAAUGUUUUGAUUUUAAAGAAUGUGGUUAAACUUUUUCAAAAAGCAGUCAUCAACAAAAUCGUGAAAGAACACGUAUAUAUAGGAGAGAGAUUUUUGAAUGUUAGCAAUGGUGCUUUUACACCUUUUUCACAAAGCAUUGGCCUCCAAAUAUAUAAAGAAACACAUACAGGAGAGAAACCCUAUGAAUAUCAGCAAUGUUUUAAAGCACUUCUACAUCACACUCAUCUUCAAAUCUGUAAAGACAAUGAGGUGGAGAGAAAUCCUCUGAAUAACACUAAUUAGGGAAAGCAAUUGUACAUAAGAGUCAUCUCCCAACACAAAAGUAUACACACUAGAUAGAAACCCUAUGAAUAUAGGCAAUGUGGUAAACAUUUUAUAAGUCACAGUAGUCUCUAAGAAAAUAAAAGGAGACACAGUUGAGAAAAACCCUAUGAAAUGAACAUAUGAACAAAGCCUUGUGCAUUAAAAUCUUCAAAUACAUAAAAGAAGACAUAGAGGUGAGAAACCCUAUGUCUACAAGCCAUGCGGUAUUGCUUUCACUUGUCAGUCAUAUUCAAAGACACAAAAGAAAACAAAAUGUAGAAAAAAGGCUGAGUGUAUUUAAUAUAGUGAAACUUUUUGAAUAUUUCUAGAGUCUUCACAAUGAAACAAUCCAUACUGCAAAGAAAUUUAGGAAUAUAAUAUGGUAAAACCUUAUCAGAUUUCCCAAAUCUUCAUCAUUAUGAAUGAGAAACCCAUGAAUGCAUUCAAUAUGGGGAAGCCUUUAAAUAUUUCAAAUUCUUCAUUAUCAUGAAAAUAAUCAUACAAAGGAGAUCAAGGGGAUACAAGGCAUGUUUCUUAUGGUCUUGCUUGAGUUACAGUCCUGACAUCCUUUGGUGAUAAAUAUCAAUGUGGAAAGUGUGAGCUGGAUUAAACCCUUUCCUCCCCAACUGCUUCUUGGUCAUGAUGUUUAUGCAGGAAUAGAAACCCUGACUAAGACAAAUUGGUAUCAGAAGUGGGGUAUUUUUGUGACAAACUGACCAUGUUUUGGGAGGACGGUGGAAGGACUUUGGAACUUUGGGCUAGAAGAUCCAUUCUUUGUUAAGAACUCUGUGGGAUGUUGUGUAGGAGCUUGGAAGAUAAUGUUGAGAGCCGUGCAGAAGAUGGAGGCCUGGCUUGUGAAAUUUCAGAAGGAAAAUUAAAGCCUCUUUUCAGGGCCAUUGUUACUUUGUGAAGAUUCUGUGGUUCUAGUUAGCUGGGGCUGAAGAAUCAGCUGUGAUUAACAAGAUACCAGAACUAGUAGAGUGAAAACUUUGCAUUACUGGGACUAUUGAUGAUGGUUAGCUUGAGCUAAGAAAUUAGCAGUGAUUAAGAAGAAACCAGCAUCAUUGAAGUGGCAUCAUCUGUGAAGUGUUUUCUGAGAGCACAGAGGAAGUGUUCUAGAGAUAAUCAAGGUGGUACCUUGUGCUGUGGCUGGACUUGGUAGUUUGUAAGACUUUCCCACGUGGUGCUGGUUUUGAAGUCAUGAAGGGAUAAUGCAGAGCAGCUAAGGCCCAGCACUUUGAGAGGCCAUGGAAGGCCACUGGUGAAGGUGCAGACUCAGGUGAAAUUGAUGGCCCAGUACUGAAGAGAUCAUGCAGUGUUUUGGAGUUGACAGGUCCAUGAAUGACCACGAAGAACAGCAGCAGCAGUAAAGUACAGGCAUCUGGAGCCUAGAGGACAAGCUGUGUGCUACAAAGGACAGGGUUGGAGAAGUGACCCAAGCCCUUGGAGUUGUCCAAAAGAUCGUGUGAGUUGGAUCUGAGACUUUGGACAGUUGGAGUUUAAUUUUUACUUUUGAUUGUGACUGUGCCCUGAUAUUUUUCCCUCUUGAAGGAUGAAAGUAUUUUAGUGGAUUCCAUACUUAAGAGACUUAAUUGUAAAAGGCUUUGGAUUUUAAAAGAUAUUGGAUAUUUUAAAAGGAUUGAACUUUUAAUAUGUAAAGUCUGUGGGGCUUUCAAAGUUGUAUAUAUCUUGGGGAUGAAUAAGAGACUAAGGGUUGAGGAUUACUAGUGAUGUGUUUGUGUGUCAGGUUGACAAGGUGUCAAUUGUACUGGCUAGUUUUGUGUCAACUUGACACAAGCUGAAGUUAUCACAGAGAAAGGAGCUUCAGUUGUGAAAUGUCUCCAUGAGAUCCAGCUUUAAGACAUUUUCUCAAUUUGUGAUCAAGGGGAAAGGCCCCUUGUGGGUGGGACCAUCUCUCUGCACUGGUAGUCUUGGGUUCUACAAGAGAGCAGUCUGAGCAAGCCAGGGGAAGCAAGCCAGUAAAGAAACAUCCCUCCGUGGCCUCUGCAUCAGUUCCUGCUUCUUGACCUGCUUGAGAUCCAGUCCCGACUUCCUUGGUGAUGAACAGCAAGCAGUAUGAAAGUGUAAGCCGAAUAAACCCUUUCCUCCCCAACUUGCUUCUUGGUCAUGAUGUUUGUGCAGGAAUAGAAACCAUGAAUAAGACAAGGUGUAUAAGGUAUGGAUUGUAAAAAAAGAUUAGACAAUAAAGAAAUAAACUUAUUUUUUUUUAAAAGGAG